AUGCUGGUCUAUCGAGAAGUCGUCAACAUUGCUAAAGGGAUAUUACAAUGGUGGAUUGAGAACCACGAGCUCCAAAAGCUUCCUGUCACAGCUCUAGGAGCUUCAUCUGGUGGUUAUUUUGUUUCUGCGCUGGCAAAAGAGGUGAAUUUUAGCAGCGUAGCGCUCAUGAUUUCAGUUGGGGUGUUCAGUUCCAUGGGUGUUCCAGUUGGGUAUCCUCCCACUCUCUUUGUCCAUAUGCCUAAAGACCUGCGUGCAAAGAGGCUGAUAGAGAAGAACAUGGUUGCGUUGAAGAAGAAGGGUGUUUCUGUUAAUGAGGUUAGGUGUCUGGAGUUCCCAUUGACUCGUACGCUUUUGACGAAAAGGAUCCCUAGUUUGGAUGAGGCAGUAUCUGCUAGUGUCUUUGAGUUGUUUCAAGAGAAGGGUUUCAUUGAUGAGAGGGGAUAUUUGAAGAGCGAUGGACGAGCGACUUGGUGGAAGCAAGCUCUUAAGGAAAAGGAUCCCUCAAUGGAGAAGUAUAAAUGGCUUGAUCAUGUAGAGGAGGAGUUAAAUCUUGCGUUUGCAUACCAUGAGAUGACCAGCUUGCCUAUUGGUGAUAUUCUCGACUGGUUUGAAUCUCACAUGUAG